AGAAACAAUUGUGGAAAAGAACUGUACAAAGUAUCGUUUGUUCUUAUCAGAGCGGAAAAUUGUCCUGUUAAUUUUAUUCCUUAGUCGACUUUUAUAUCCUAAAUAAGUAUAAAUAUACUUAUAAGUGCAAGAUUUAUUUUAAUCAACGCUAAAAAUCUAUUUAAAUCAAGAUGCCAGCGGAGCCUUCGGAUGAAAUACCUGGUCCACAGGUCCCAAAAACAGAACUUGAAGAAUUGCAGAUUAAGUCGCAGAGUGUUGCUGAUGAGUCUUUGGAAAGCACGCGGCGAAUGCUUGCUCUCUGCGAAGAGAGUGCGGAAGUUGGGAUGCGAAGCAUUGUUAUGUUGGACGAGCAAGGAGAACAACUUGACCGAAUUGAAGAAGGCAUGGAUCAAAUUAAUGCCGACAUGAGAGAGGCUGAAAAAAACCUCAGUGGGAUGGAAAAAUGUUGCGGCAUUUGUGUACUACCCUGCAAUAAAAGCCAAUCAUUUAAAGAGGAUGACGGUACAUGGAAAGGCAAUGAUGAUGGAAAAGUUGUAAACAAUCAGCCGCAAAGAGUAAUGGAUGAUAGAAACGGAAUGAUGGCUCAAGCCGGAUAUAUUGGAAGAAUAACAAACGAUGCAAGAGAAGAUGAAAUGGAAGAAAAUAUGGGCCAGGUUAAUACCAUGAUAGGUAAUCUCCGGAAUAUGGCGUUGGAUAUGGGCUCCGAGCUGGAAAAUCAGAACCGUCAAAUUGACCGAGUUAAUCGCAAGGGUGAAUCUAACGAAGCAAGAAUAGCUGUAGCCAAUCAACGAGCCCACCAGCUUUUAAAAUAAGUCGAUCUCAACUGAUACAUGUAUAUACCAAAAUUUAUUCAAAGGGUAUCAGUUUUAUAUAAAAAAAGAUGAGUUUCUUGUAACUGCUUAGUGCUCCAACAGUUGUAAAUAACAUGAACAUAUUGAAUUAAAUAAAUAAAUUAUUUUUACCACAA